AUGGACGCCCCAUCGAUAACCAUCAGUGCGGACUAUCUAAGCGACCGAUUUGUACAAUCAAACAUCUUCCAGUUUGUGUUCACCUUGCAGUCUGUGCACGGAGUGUCGUACGAGCACCUUCCAAUGGCAGACCCCACCCAGGCCUGGUCUGAAACAGGAGACCAUCAUCUUGGCUACGCACUCAAGUACACAAUCAUAAAUGACUGUGGUUUGUACUGGACCACGUAUUACAACCCAAGGCUGGCCCAGGAGAUUCCACCUGAUAUCGAACAUGGGUUCAAACAGAACGCAUACACAACCAAGAGCAACGAGAUUGUCACGCCCUUGACCAGUAUGAUGAUUGGACAACAGAAUAUCACGCCACUACGUAUCAAAGCCGCUGGCACCAUCACCAUCGAUUGUGGGGGAAGGCUCACUAACGUGAAUGUUGGACUCAGACACGGACAAGUGGCAAAGCCAUGGCGCCUCAAGGUUGAGCUCAUAUCUUUCGACCCUACCGCUGUCAACCCAUUGGAUUCCUCUAUCGUAUAUGACACCGUCUACGAGUCUGGCGACCUCUUCCUGACACUCAAUCCAAAGAACUUGGAGGACCCUGACAUCAUGGACGUGUACAUUGGCAAGUUUUUUGAUGCUAAUCACCGAUGCCCAAUGAUCAUACGGGUCAACUGCUUGACAAUGAACACCACAGCCACCAAUACAAACAAGAAGAACAAGAGUGGAGGGAAUACGAGUGAGGUCGUGCUAAAGGAGAGGAAGAAGAGUGAAACUCCCAAACGAUUUGGAAUUAUGGUCAUCGAUCACUUGGGCAACAUGGUGCGAUACAUCACUCAAGAAACCUCUCCAAAGACAGGCCUGGCCAAUAUCAAUUCUACAUGCGAUGACGACUUGAGGAGGCUACACAUGAAGAGACUCAAUCUGGACAGCCAUCUAAUCACCUUGGUGCACAGGGAUGAGUUGGAUCUGCUAACCAAGAAACAACUGUUCUUGGUAGCGAUGUAUGAGACUGAUGGUCGCCUUCCUGGCUUGCUCCACUUCCAACAAGGCAUAUCAGUAGCACCUUUCUUCAGGAGGAAACUAUCUACUGAGACCCGCAAGCUCCAAUGUUUCGAUGUCUUUGGAAAUCCUGUCCAAGUCAAACUAGACUUAGGCGAGGAACCUCCCAGGUCGAAUCAAACCAAGACACCAAGUCCAAGUAAACCAGGUCCAAGCAAACCAUCACACAUUGUCAAAAAUGUGAUUGACGUCCAACAACAACAACGCCAACAAUCACUUGUCGACAACAACCAACAACUACCACAACCAGUCAACAAUUGGAAUGUCCACCAUCUACAACCAGUUCAUGCUCAGGGCAAUCCAUUUUUCCCUCCAUAUCCUAAUGCCUACAGACAACAAAACCAUCUAUCACUUGCCGACCAACAUCUACCACCUGCCCAUGUUGUUGGUGGUAUCCAUCAGCCUUUAGUUAUCCCACUCCCACUUCCACAUCCACUUCCACCUCCACAACUACAACAACAACAACAACAACAACAACAACAACAACAACAACUAAUAAUACAACAACCACAACAACAUCGAAUCAUAAGUCAGGACGAACUCGCACAAUUGGACGCCUUCCUCCUCGAUCAUGACACCCGAUUAUAUCAACUAUUUGGGCACCAACAACAAUAA